GGUGUUUAACAAUUAACAUGUAUUAUUACAGUUCUUUAUUUCUGAUUUUAGUUCUGAUCAGCGGCUGUUUGGCAGCCCCAUCUGAGCGAAUUGAAACGGAUCCGGAGCUAACAGCUGGGUAUAUCGAGGGUGAUAUGGUGCCCAGUGGAUCGCUGAGAAAUAUUUGGCGCAAUGAGACAUAUCGGUGGCCUAACCGCAUCAUCUACUAUCAUAUAAAUAGCUACAUAGAUGAAGAGCACCGGAACCACAUUGUUAGCGCCAUUCACAAAAUUGAAUCGAUUUCGUGCCUGACCUUCAAGGAGGCCACCACCGAUCAAAAGUAUUAUGUGAAUGUGACCUCCGAAGAGGGUGGUUGUUUCUCUUACAUCGGCUAUCUAAAUCGAGUGCAACAACUGAAUCUUCAGAAUAAUGAGAUAGGAGUCGGAUGCUUCCGACUCUAUACGAUUGUUCACGAGUUCCUGCAUGCCCUGGGAUUUUUCCACCAGCAAAGUGCAGCCGAUCGGGAUGAGUAUGUGCAAAUUGUGGAGGAGAAUAUCACCGAGGGCAUGGAGUUCAAUUUCGAUAAAUAUACCCAAGAGACAGUCAACGAUUUUGGCGAGAAAUACGACUAUGGCAGCGUAAUGCAUUACGGUCCCUAUGCAUUUUCAAAAAACGGCGAGAGGACCAUAGUGGCUUUGGAGGAGGGCAAGGAGGAUGUCAUUGGCCAGCGACUGGAACUGAGUGAAACUGAUAUAAAAAAGCUGAACGCCAUGUACAAAUGCCCCACCGUUAAGGAGUGAAUAUUUUUUAUCGUACCCCCAUUCAGAAUUUUCUACCGGUUUUCGCAACUUAAUGAUGAUAAAUUUCAUUUUAUUAUUGCCACCUUCUUGUCGUGCGAAAUAUAAUCUGUUUAUUGUGUUGACAAAUGCAAUUAGGCGAAUGUUCGUCGCUGUCACUUGCCUUCAGAUUAA